AUCCAUCCCGGAACGGAAAACACCAAACCUACUUUCCCCCUAUAAAAUCAGCCCCUCCUCACCCCCCAAUACAACAGCAGCAAACCAAAUACCCCAAUACCAAAAAAGGCCCCAGCAACUCGGGCGCGUCGACUCCUCCAUCCAGAGUUGAAUCUGAGUUUACUUCGCGAGAUUUGAUUCAACCAGUCGAGAUGGCGCAGGCGAUCGAGGCUCAGAGGGAGGGCGCGGAGGUGUACCACGGCGCGGCGCUGUGCGCGGAGAAGGCGGUGGAGCUGCUGGCCGAGACCAACAUGCCGCUGGGCCUGCUGCCGCUGGCGGACAUGGAGGAGGUGGGCUACAACCGCGCCACCGGCUUCGUCUGGCUGCGCCAGAAGAAGGCGCUCACGCACACCUUCAAGCAGAUCGGGCGGCAGGUCUCGUACGCCACCGAGGUGACGGCCUUCGUCGAGGACCGCAAGAUGAAGCGCAUGACCGGGGUCAAGAGCAAGGAGCUCCUCAUCUGGAUCACGCUCUGCGACAUGUUCAUCGACAAGGACGACCCCUCCAAGAUCACCUUCAAGACGCCCACCGGGCUCGGGAGGACCUUCCCCGUCUCCGCCUUCGAGAAGAAGGACGACGCCAAGGCUACGGCCGCAGCUGCCGGCGGCAAGGAGGCCGUCGUUGCCAAGUAAGUCAGGACGGCCGGCAUACUCUACAAAGUUUGGAUUGGAUGAAGAGUUCUCGAGUCCAAUGUUAACCACGACGAUUACUAUCUUCUAUAAUCUGUUUUUACCAGUAAUAAACUACGUACUCCUAUAUAAGGUCGCAGUACUCUGCUCCGGUGUUUUGCCGAGGGUUGUAUCAUUCAUAUGAUGUUUAUAUAGUUUUAUUAUCUGCUCUUUCGCUGCA